UUUCCUCGGAGUCCAAAAUGUUCCCGGAACUCAAUAACCUUCUCAACACCACUCCUGACACGGAAGAACAGGGGAAACUGACUCUACUCUGUGAUGCCAAGACAGAUGGCAGUUUCCUUGUGCACCACUUUCUGUCUUUCUACCUCAAAGCUAAUUGUAAAGUCUGCUUUGUGGCCCUUGUCCAGUCCUUCAGUCACUAUAACAUCGUGGGACAGAAGCUGGGCGUCAGCCUGACUGCGGCGCGGGAACGUGGGCAGCUCACAUUCCUCGAGGCUCUCAAGUCCUCGGUGGACAUCUUCUUCCAGACGCCGGUGGAGCCACCACAGCCCCUACAGUUUCUCAGGGAGGCCAGUGCUGCGGACCUGCGGCCACUGUAUGCAUUUGUGCGGGAGGCUCUAAAGCCUGGGGAUGGCGGGGAGGUAACGCGGAAGCCCCCAGUGCUGCUGGUGGACGACCUCAGUGUGCUGCUGAGCCUGGGCGUGGGGGCCGUGGCGGUGCUGGACUUCAUCCACUACUGCCGGGCCACCGUGUGCGCGGAGCUGAAGGGAAGCAUGGUGGCCCUGGUGCACGACAGUGGCGAUGAGGAUGAGGAGAACGACCUCUUGCUGAGCGGCCUCAGCCAUCAGAGCCACCUGAUCCUGCGGGCCGAGGGUCUGGCCACCGGCUUCUGCAAGGAUGUGCACGGGCAGCUCAGGAUCCUCUGGAGAAGGCCGUCGCAGCCCACCGCCCUGCGGGAUCGGAGCCUCACCUACCAGUACAAGAUACAGGAUAAGACUGUGUCCUUUUUUGCCAAAGGCCUGUCUCCUGCUGUUCUGUGACCAGAUUUGGGGGCUGCUGGGGCCAUGUCGGAUGCUCUGUGGACAUGGAUGAUAAGGGCCAAGCAGGAACGGGCCUUGUGCCUGGGAGCAGCAUUUCAGGUUGGGCCACAGCUUCAUGGUGACUGAGCGAUGCCCUGGUAGUUUGUGUGCUUUGUGCCAGGCUGAGCUCGGGAAGCAGGGAGGAGUCUGUGUCCCUGCCCCUGCUGAGAGGGCCUGGGUGUGGGGCCCUAGCCAAGGUCUGUGUGUAUUGACUGGCUGGCCUGGAGGCCCUGCAGGUGUGUGCCCCACUUCCGGUUCCAUGGUGCACAGCCCUGGCCAUCAAGGGCCUGGCAUGGGCCUUGGUCACGUAGGGCCUGUUUAGGGCACUUUGAAACAGGUGCUUUGUUUCUGUGUGUAAAUUAUCCCACAGUGAAUUUUAUCUUAAAAAUAAAUACAGUGAAAAAAUAACAUAGCUGGGCAUGGUGGCACACACCU